UUUAACUCUGAAAUUGAGCAUCUCUCUAAUACAAUUCAACAACUAGCUGAUAAGCAAGGAAAUGUAAAGGAAAGAUAAGUUGAUUGGUUGUAGAUUGACUUUAUUUUCUGUGCAUAAUUCCUUGAAUCGUUGACCAGGGUAUUCCUGCACUUGGGAAAAAUAUGAAAAUAAGAAUAUUUCACACAUUCAAAGUUUAAAUUUGCGGUAUGAAUCUAAACAUAACUUUAAAAUUCAACUUAUUACACACUAUGUAGUCUGUAUAAAUGUACUUAUGUUGUAUGUAAACUUAUCUAUGUUCUGGAGGCACACAUAACACACACUCUGUGUUAACACAUUUUCUCUUGGGGGACAAUAAAAUCUAUCCAAAAUAUUUUUAAAUGUUCCUCUUCAACAGAGGCUUGCAGGAUCCUCAAAUCAACUCCAUGAAUUCCUCAUCUUAUGGCUUUAACGUGUCGAGUGGUCCGAGUUAUCGAGACUCUUUCAGCACAGCUGUGGCCAAAAAUGUGAUUAUUCUGGCUCUUGGUCUUAUCAUCAACUAUAUCAAUGGCACCCUGAUUCACACAUUCAGAAAACACCAGAUAUUUUAUGUGAAUCCCCGUUACAUCCUAUUCAUCCACCUGGUGGUGAACGAUAUGAUCCAGCUUACUACAACAAUCUGCCUGUUUGUCUUCAGUUAUAUUUUCUACAAAAUUAAUGUUUCCCUUUGUUGCCUCAUUAUUACCUGUGCUGUCUUCACCACCCUCAACACUCCAUUAAAUUUAGCUGUCAUGGCAGUGGAGUGCUACAUUGCUAUUUGUUUACCACUGCGACACACUGACUUGUGUACAAUCAAAAGAACAUAUAUUCUGAUUGGAUGGAUUUGGGCCAUGAGUGUGGUCUCAACCCUGCCAGAUGUGUUUAUUAUUCUGGCAACAGAGCCUGUAGAGUUUUAUUAUUCCACAAUUUUUUGUGACAAGGAUAACCUGUUCCGACAUCCUAUACACCUGAAAAAGAGGGAUGUUUCCUACAUAAUUUACCUAAUUGGUGUUUGGCUCACGCUCUUCUACACUUACUUCAAGAUCUUCUUUGCUGCUAUAAAAGCUAAAGCAGCUAAAGCAGCUGAUGGAGAUGCAAAGAAGGCCAGGAAUACAAUCCUGCUCCAUGGUUUUCAGCUACUGUUGUGUAUGCUAACAUAUAUAGCCCAUAUCUUAAAAAGUGCUGUGGUGUACUGGUUUCCUAACCAUUAUGUACAUUUAAUCUUUGUUAGCUAUAUCAUCAUCCAGAUCCUUCCCAGGUUUGUCAGUCCUAUUGUGUACGGGCUACGAGACAAGACAUUUAGACAGCAUUUGAAAAAGUAUCUACUGUGUACAGUGAGAGUAAGCAUCAAACCAUGGACUGAAGCGAAACAAACUAGUUAGAUUGAUAAAUCUUUUAGUAUUUUCAUUUGCCGUAACAUACUUAUCAAACUGUAAAUCCACUUUCUACUUACACUUAGCUUUUAUAAUUAUAUCCACUUUGUACUUAAUUUAUCUUAGCUGUAUUAUAGUGUAUUGUAUUUUAAUUUGCUUAGUACUUCUA